AUGCGCCCGACAACGUGCGGGGAGUUUGAGGUUGCUAUUCUUUGCGCGCUCCCACACGAGGCUGACGCAGUGAGAGCCUUGUGUGAUGAAACCUAUGAUGACAACCACAAUCACGCCUACAGCAAACCUGUUGGAGAUGCUAAUGUUUACUCCAAUUGCAGGAUUGGCAAGCAUAAUGUAGUUUUAUGUUACAUGCCCGGUAUGGGCAAAGGAAGCGCCGCAGGGGUCGCGUCGAAUCUGCGCAUGAGCUACCCAGGGAUCCAACUCGCUCUCCUCGUCGGAAUUUGCGGUGCUGUGCCCUUUUCCACGCAUGGCUCUGAAAUUGUUCUCGGAGAUGUCAUUAUCAGUGACAGCGUGGUUGAAUACGACUUUGGGAGACAGUAUCCAGAUGGAUUCCAGCGAAAGCACGAUGCGAACACUACACUGGGAAGACCAAAUCGUGAGAUUAGAGCCGUUCUCUCGAGUCUCAAAACAAAUUAUUUGAGCAAUAAAUUUCUCGAGCGCAUAAAUCACCAUCUACAGACUCUUCAGACACAAAAAUCCUCCUGGGGCUACCCUGGCUCUGAACACGACAUUCUGUAUGAGGAUUCUUAUGAUAAUGCAAACGACACUCAGGAAACAGGAAAAAUCAUCUAUCGCAACAGACUUCACGAAGACACUAUCAACCCCAUCGUCCACAUUGGGCCCAUCGCAUGCGCUGAUACUGUGAUGAAAUCCGGGAAACACCGUGAUAAACUUGCAGAAGUAGAAGGGGUCAUCGGCUUCGGAAUGGAGGGAGCCGGAGUCCGGGAUAACCUACCUUGUGUUAUUAUCAAGGGUGUAUGUGAUUAUGCGGACAGCAACAAGAACAAAUAUCACUGA